AUGGAAACUCCAGUAGUUAAUCUAUCAGAGGAAGAACUCAAAACAGUCUAUGAUCCUUCUGAAGAUUCGUAUCUUUUAAUAGAUGCUUUGGAAGCAGAUUUGGAGAUUCUGCAUGCGAUGAAGCCUGUGAUUUGUUUAGAGAUAGGUAGCGGUUCUGGUAUAGUUAUCACAGCUCUAGCAAUGGCAUUGAAAAGAUAUAAUGCUCAUUGUAUUGCAAUUGAUAUAAAUCCUGAUGCAUGUAGGGCCACUAAAAGAACUAGUAUAGUUAAUUCUGUUGAUGUAGAUGUUCUCCAUAUGAAUUUGUUAGAUUGUAUACAGGUUAGAUGUACAUUUGAUGUUAUUUUAUUUAAUCCACCAUAUGUAGUUACAGAAUAUGAAGAAGUGCUAGACAAUAGACUUAUAUUUAAGACUUGGGCAGGUGGCAAAAAUGGUAGGCAAGUUAUGGAACAGAUAUUUACUAUUAUUCCCAAAAUCUUAUCAGACGCAGGUUUAUUUUAUUUGGUCGUUAUUAAAGAAAAUGAUCCCGAAUAUAUAUUGAGUGUUUUCCAAAAAUUAGGUAUGUCUGGUAAAAUUAUUCGUGAAAGGAAAGUAAGAGGAGAGUACUUAUAUAUUUUACGUUUUUGUAAAGUUAGAUCAGAUGAAAUAAAUUAACAUUAUAUUAAAGAAAUAUAACAUAUAUUAUAAAUAUUAGGGAUAUAACAUCUUUUAUACUUUUAAUAUUGUAUAAAGAAUAGGAUAUAUUACUUCAUUGAUUUUAUGUGUUUAUAUACUCAAUUAAUUUCUGUAGCGAUGAAUUAUGCUGAAGAUGGAACAUUGCAUUUACUUGAAUCAUGUAUAUAUUUGUUAUAUGCGUAUAACGUAAUUAUUUAGAUUAUUUAUAAAAUAUAUAUCAUAAAAAAUUGCAAUAUAA